CUCUACCGGCACCGACACCGACGGACAGCAAACUGAUGACGUGGUUCGGUCCGUCGACCAGAGCAGCAGUAUGGCCGACCAGAGCAGGCAAAUCAAACUCGCUGCAGCUAAGAAAAAGCUGAAGGAGUUUCAGCAGAAGAGCUCCCCUGCAAGUGUGGGAGGAGAAAAGGGUGGAGGAGGUGGAGGUGGAGGAGGUGCAGGGGCCAAGAAGAAGAGGAAAGGGAAAGGGCCGAAUCAACACGAUGCAGCUUCGACAGACAGAAACUCUCCAGUUAAUUUUGACCGUAUUUUGAAAGCAUUUACUCAAAGCAAUGGAGUAGUCCUCCCUCCUUAUGGCAACAGUCAGGCGUUUGCUGACAUGGAGGUCAUGGGCUCCUCAGAUCCACAGCUACUGGAGGACCCAUCGGCCGAGCCUGGUCGUGUCUCACCUGUAUCUAACACUGCUAGCCCUAACACUGCUACUAACUCUGAGUCUGCCGGUCACAACUCUGACCUGCAGGACUAUCCUGAUACCAAUGGCAAUGAGAGUUUAACAGAAGAAAACAGACCGUUGUCUUCCACUGAGAGCCUGCGACAGCUCUCCCAGCAGCUGAAUGGCCUGGUCUCUGAGACAUCUUCUGCAUAUGUGAACGGAGAUGGUGCACCUUUGGUCAGUGAAAGAGAACUUGAGAGUCAGAACCAGGAGCUGGCAGCCGCCCUGGAGUCCAGCAACCUAACAAACUCUCAGCUCAAUACCAAGCUAGACCAGCUGGUUCAGCACUCUCAGGGGCUUUCAGAUCAGCUUCAAAAGGAGAGAAAGGAGUUUGAACAGAAAUUUUCGAAGGAACAGGGAGCGAUGCGGGAGCAAUUACAGGUUCACAUCCAGACCAUCGGCAUACUGGUAUCAGAGAAGUCAGAGCUCCAAACAGCACUACAGUACACACAACAGGCUGCACGGCAAAAAUCAGGGGAGGCAGAGGAAUUGAAUAACCGUCUGCAGGCAACAAAGCAGAGAGUGUCAGAGCUGGAGAGGACUCUUUCCUCCGUAUCAACACAGCAGAAGCAGUUUGAAAAGCACAACAAAGAAUUUGAAAAGGAGAGAGACAGUCUGAGGCUAGAGGUGUUUAGACUAAGCAAUUUGAGUGAGGAGUCACAGCAGCAGAGCUCCGAGCUUUCAGAGCAGUUAAAGCUGAGGUCUGAGGAGAACGUAGCGAUGAGGCUGGAGCUUGAAGAGCUUCAAAAGAGGCUCGAAAUGGCUGACCUCAUGUUGCAACAGUUCACCAAUCAGUCAGAACCCUCCAGUGCCAGCCAGCAGGUCCAGUUACUUGCGGAAGAGAAGCAGCAGCUAGAGGCACACAAUCACCAGCUGAUUGAGUCGAUAGCUCGGCUGCAGACGGAGAGGGAUGUCUAUGCCGGGCAGAUCCAGGAGGAGGGCCGAAUUUGGAAGGACAAAACCGAACAGCUGCUAACACAGGUGUCUCUGGUUGCAGAGGAGAGGGACAGAAAUAUCAGCAGAGUCCAAGAACUGGAGGCCAGCAUCACAGAGCUAAAACAUGCUACAGCGUUGUUGUCCCAGGAGAGACACUCUCAGAAAGAAGCAGCGCCUCAGUCCUCGGGGCCAUCAGAGAGUGAAGUGGCUCUGCAGGAGGCCCUCAGUACUCUACAACAGGAGAAAGACGCUUUAACUGCACAGUUCCAGGCACAGCUUCGAGAUAACCAGCAGCUGAGCCGGCUGUGUGCAGAGCAGGAGACGCGUCUUGGGGAGAUGGAGCGGCAGGUGGAGAGCCAGGUCCAGGAGUCAGACGACCGUCGGCGCAUGUUAGAGGACGUUCAGUCAGACAAGGCUACGAUUAGCCGUGCCCUCACCCAGAACCGCACUCUGAAGGACCAGCUGGCUGAGCUACAGAACGGCUUCGUCAAACUGACCAAUGAGAACAUGGAGCUGACCACCGCCAUCCAGUCAGAGCAACAUGUGAAAAAAGAGCUCGCUCGCAGAAUGGGUGAACUGCAAGAAAAUCUACACAACGUCAAGGAACAGCUGGAACUGAAAUCUAAGGAGGCUCAGGGUCUGUUGGAGCAGAGAGACCAGGUAGCAGCCCACCUUCAGCAGUACUGUGCGGGCUACCAGACCCUGGCCUCUGAGCGGGAACAGCUCAACCAUCAUUAUCUGCAGCAGGUCCAGCUCAUGGACCGGCUGCAGCACGAUGAAAGUCACGGCCGCGUGCAACUGGAGAUCAGCCACAAUCAGCUGAAACAAGCACAGGAGCAUUUAGAGCUGUUGGUCAGAGACAAUGAGCAGCUGAAGGCUGAGGUGAAUGAGCUGCUCAACAGUUCAGGUCUCAGCCCGUCACCCAGAGACCAAGGCGAUGGAGUGGAAAGCCAGUCCCUACAAGAGAGCCCAAAGAAGUCUUCUUCUAUAGUUAUCCCAGAAGACUUUGAGAGCCAGAAGGAGAUGGAGGAGUUCAUAAGAGGAGCUUUGGCUGAGCUGGAGGCAGACAGGGACGAGGCCAGGAGGCAACUGGAGGAGGAGCACCGGCUCCACAUGGCAGCCCGUCACCAGGCCACUGUGGCCCUCAGUCUCCAGCACCAACACCAGAGCCACGAACCUGCUCAUGACCAUCAUCACGAGCACGAGCACACUCAGGACCAGCACAGUCACUGUGAACACAGCCAUGAACACUCAGAUGGAGGUGUACCUGUGGAAGUUCAUCAGGCCCUGCAAGCCGCAAUGGAGAAGCUUCAGCGACGCUUCACCUCCCUAAUGCAAGAGAAAGCUGACCUGAAGGAGAGGGUGGAGGAGCUGGAGCACCGCUGCAUCCAGCUGUCUGGAGAGACUGACACUAUAGGAGAGUAUAUUGCCCUGUACCAGAGUCAGCGCGCCAUCAUGAAGCAGAAACACCAGGAGAAGGAACAGUACAUCAGCAUGCUGGCCCAGGACAAGGAGGAGAUGAAGGCGAAGCUGGCAGAGCUGCAGGACCUGGUGAUGAGGCUGGUGGCUGAGAGGAACGACUGGUACAGCCGCUACACUGGAGCUGUGUCGGGCGCAGGAACAGUGAACCCUGACCUGCUACCUGUUGGGGAGGAUCACACACACCCAGAGCAUCAAGCACACACACACACAGAGUUUAAUGCUGUCAAUGGAGCAGAAGCCAUGGAGGUCAUCCCUCUGUCGGAGCCCGCCACCGGCGAGGAAGCCUCCUCAGCACACACGCUUUCCUCUGGAUCAGCCCAGACUGACUCCAAGCCUAUGGUGCCCAAAGAGGACGGCACAGCCCAGCAGAUCAUGCAGCUGCUCCAAGAGAUCCAGAACCCCCAGAGGGCGCCAAGAUCGCCCCCCUUCCUCGGAGAGAACCCAUGCAUCCCCUUCUUCUACCGGCCGGACGAACAGGACGAAGUCAGGAUCCUGGUGGUGUGAGGUGUGUGUGUGUGUGUGUGCGACAGAAGCUUUAUGCUCGCGUGUGAGAGAACCAUAUUGGACUUGUCUUGAAAUCUGAAGAAAAUAAAACACAACUGUUCCUAUCUUAUUUAUCACAGUCACAAACACUUAAAGAACUUUGACCACCUUCAGAAGUCGUCACAGGAAUGUGAAUCACUUUAACUUGAUUGAAUUGAAAAGCCCCCUCUCUGUUCUGUGUGUUGGCACUGGAGUGUGCGUUCUUGGAUAGAGAGUUUCCUGUUUUGUUUUUUUUCCUAUAAUGCUCUUUCCAGAGAAGUGAUAAUCAGUAUUCCUUAAGGCAAUCUGAUUAUUCUCCUUACCACAAUUCUUUAUUCCCAUCCCCCUCUCGCCUCCCAUCUUACACAUAAGUGCAAUAAAGGGGGCGUAUAUGCCAACCCCUCGCUGAUAAACAGCUGUAAAAAUAAGCAGCCUAUUGAUGUGCACAUUUAAUGUAGUACAAAUCUCAGUUUUAACACAAUUCACUGUAGAAAUGCCAAAAAAAAAAUGAGCAUCAAGAUUGAAUGUAAUAACGUGUUUAUUUACGUGUGGGGUUGUGUGAAAUGUGAGGGAGGGAAAGGUGAUGAUGGGGAAACAUUGAAAGAGUGGAAGAGGUGUAAAAGAAAGUCAGUAAAGAAAGUCAGCGCACACACUAGCAUGCGCUGUUCUGUUUGAAAGUCGAGAGCUCGCUGGUCACAUGAUAGUAUUCAGGAAGACGGAGGCAGGUGUGACGGAUUGGUUUCUUUUCUUGAACCAGCUUUUUUUUGUCUGAGUUAUCUUUUUCCUCUGGACACUGAAAGCAAGUCAUGUUUGUUAAGUGCAAAAUGUUAAUAUAUGUGAAACUUUUGUGUUGCCAUGUCGUCACACAGAAUUCACCGCUGUUACAAAAAGGUGUUUUCUAAGUCAUGGAGGGGGAUAGAUGCAAUCUGAAGACCCCAUGAACACUUUCUGAUCUGGAUCAUCAAGGUGUUCUCUUGUUCACAGUGUAAUAUGGAUACAUAUUAGAGCUUUGAGUGUGAGCUUGGGGCUGCUUUACACUUUAUUGUACUUUAUCUUUAUGUCACUUAUGUUAUUGAUACCAUGGCACAGGGACAUGAGGAAGUUACUGGGAGUUUAGUGUUCAAAUCUCUGUCUCUCUACUUCAAUUCUUUUUUCUUCCUUCUAAUAUUUUCUGUGAUCAGGAGGUAUUCGUUGGCCUUUUAUCAAACUGGAGCUUCAUCGUCUACUUCAUGGGUUCUUCAAAGAUUCCUAUGAAGUCUACACUAAAAAUAAAAGGCCAUUCUUUUCCGUUACGUUUUCUUGCAUUUCCACAUAUCAAAGAUGAAUUAAUGCACAUCCUUUACAACUGGAAUGUGUGAGCUUGUAUUUGAUGUGUGAUCCAAACAGCCCCCCCAACCCCACUUCAGCCGAAGUUGCAUCUGUUGUAUUUUUUUUUUUUUUUUUUUUCUAGAGUUCUAUCAGAUUAUAUAAGUAUGAUUGCACUAAAUCUGUACAGAGCUUCUCAUUCUGACGGUUGGAGAGAGACGCUUCCUACCACAGAGCCUCUUCCUAACGUCUGUGGAGGAGAAGAGGAACCCUAUGAAGCCCCUCUGUGAGGCGGAGGUUUCCAACCCGAAAGCAAGUGAAUUGAAAGUGUGUUGGCUUGUGUGUUUGUGCAGUGUUGCACUUUGAGGAUGGAUGAGGAAGGUUUGUAAAUAUAAGUAGACUAAAAGAGAUUGCUUGCAUUAAGAAUUUGUAAAAUGAUUCCUGAAAGUGAGGGACCAAUCCCAAUUUGAGAAAAUGAACAACUCUUUAUCAGAACUGGAAAAACAAAACCAGUCAUUGGUUUAUAUUUUAUAAAAAAGCAACAUGUAACUUAUUCUUCUCUGGGCAUUAAAUCAGCUAGAACUGAUCCCAAUUGAAUAUCUAUUUCUCUUUUCACUAAUUUCAGAGAGCUGCAAUAUCACAGCAAUUUUUUGCAGAGUGCUCUGUUUUCCACAAGUCGCUCCAUGAGUUUAAUAUGCCAUGAUACACGAGUCUCAUUGCUUUUUGCUACUUUUUGAGGGUAUUUUUACCCUCUCAUUUGGAUGUCUUUUAAGAUCUGUUGUGUUUACUUUGAGGUAGAAGACACUUUAUUUAAUUGCACACAUGACAUUUGGUCACUUAAAAAGUGAGUAGUGAGCAGUACAGAAAGCAUUAGUGCAUUUGAGGCCUAUUAUUCAAACCAAAAUGUAUUGAAGAUUUAUUGUGGAGGCCAUAUGGUCUGUAACUGAUGCUCUGCAUCUGACCUAAACAACAGCGCUUUGGUUUAAGUGCUGUGUUGGCAGCCAUUCUUGAUUUAAAAAUUCCUCUCCUCAUAGCAUUCUUACACUUUUUGGUUUCCUUUGUGUGCCACAAAAACUUACUUUUCCUUCGUUUUGUACUUGGGAGUGGGUAUACCAAGAGAUAAAUAUUCAUUAGAAAGAUUAUAGUGUUAUUUCCGGGCUCGCAAAUUAACAGACGUGGAUAAAAUGACUUCCCAUUCUUUUUAAUUCACUGUUGAAAAUCUAAUGUGUGAUUCAAAGAAAUAGCGACGUGAAAUCAUCUAUUGUCUUUACUGUAAAGGAGGUGGUGUAUAUACUGUAACUGUGUAACAUAUUGUAUAUUCAUUAUGCCUGGCGGUGUGUGUGGGGGGGGAAACUGCUCUGCCAUGUUUGCUGGCAGUGAGAAGUGUUUGUAUGCCUGUUAGUUCAGAGUGGGGGUGUUGGCGGUUGGAUGGUUGUGAUUUAUUACAAAGAUUGACUAAGAAAAGCAAAGAGAAAAUAUUCUAUUUAUUUGGAUAAGUUAGUAUCUCGACUAAUCAGUUUUAAUGUAUAAUAGAAAUGACUUUGGAUGGAAAUGAAGGAUCUAAAAAAAAAGACUGAUUUGUUGAAGGGCUGCUUCUGACAGAAGCUUACUGAUUUGUUUUUCUUCCUUGAGUAAUAUUUUCUCCCCUUCUCCUGAAUAAAGCUGAUUGAGCAACUUUAACACA